UCUUGUAUCCCACACGAAAUAUGAGCACAUGCCAAUAUGAAGACUACCAUUAACCACAUAUUGCUUGCCCCCAUCAAAAAGAUAAAUGUCAAGAUUCUACAAUUUUAAGGGGGCGUUUGUUUUCAAUUCUUACAUAACCUAAAAAUGAUUAUCUGGGUUAAAUUUUAACCUCCCCAUAUGUUUACCCGCCAGCUUUUUUUCAAAAUUCUGUUUCCACUACCAUAUCAACGGCUAUACUACUCAACCAACCAUGCACACCAACUGUUUGAUAAAAGUCCUCAACGAAACUUUCCUUCCAUUAAAAACUACAUGCUCAGUUACAUACAUGAUAACCUUAGUUACAGAGCUCUUAAUGUCUUCAAGACAGAAUUGCAGCAUAAUCAUCUUUAUGGCAUUGAUGAAGAUAUCGUUGCUAUCGCGGUUAAAGCUUGUCGUGGAGACCCUAAACCUGGUACAAUGCUCCAUAGUUUUGCUGUAUCAUCUGGGUUUAUUCAGUUUCGCUCCGUAUUGAAUUCUUUGAUGAGUAUGUAUUGUAAAUCAGGGCAAUUUGAUCUUGCUCUUCGCAUAUUUAAUAGCUUAAAUGAGCCUGAUACUGUGUCUUAUAACACCAUUUUGUUGGGUUUUCAGAACACGGAUGAUGCUUUGUGUUUUGCAGCUCAUAUGAAUGCAAAUGGUGUUGUUUUUGACCCGGUUACUUACACUACAGCUCUAUCAUUUUGUUUGGAUAAUAAAGGGUUUUUAUUUGGAUUUCAGUUACAAUCAAAUAUACUAAAAUCAGGGUUGAAUUGUGAGGUUUUCAUUGGCAAUGCACUUAUUACAUUAUACUCUAGGUGGGGUCGAAUUAUCGAAGCUGAGAAAGUGUUUAAUCAAAUGCCCACCAAAGAUUCAGUAUCUUGGAAUGCUAUACUUUGUGGGUAUGGCCUAGAUGGAAGAUAUGGAUUUGAAACAAUUAACACAUUUUGUGAAAUGUUGAGACAGAAAGUGAGGCUAGACAAUGUUUCAUUAACUGCUGCAAUUUCUGCCUGCGGAUGUGACAGGCUUUUGCAGAUGGGUAGGCUGCUACAUGGCUUGAGUAUUAAGACUGGAUAUGAAAUAGAUUGUGGAGUUUGUAACCUUUUGAUGUCAACAUACGCAAAGUGCGAGGUAAAUGAAGAUGCUAAGCUAGUAUUUCAAGGCAUGGUUGAAAGAAAUGUGGUUUCUUGGACAACAAUGAUUUCUGUUUUCCAAGAGAACGCACUCUCCCUCUUUCACGAGAUGAGGAUUGAUGAAGUUUACCCGAAUGAUAUAACCUUUAUUGGGCUAUUGCAUGCCAUUACACUUGGCAAUUUGUCCAAUGAAGGUCGGAUGAUUCAUGGGUUUUGUUUAAAGACUGGGUCUCUGUCAGAGUUGAAUGUAUCUAACAGUCUUGUCACCAUGUAUGCGAAGUUUGAGUCAAUGGGGGAUUCAAGGAAGGUUUUUGAGGAGCUUCAUUACAGAGAUAUUGUGUCUUGGAAUACUUUGAUAUCUGGAUAUGAUCAAAACAAGUGCUACCAAGAAGCUAUCGAGGCAUUCUGCUCAGCUGCAUCAGAGACCAUACCGAAUGAGUACACCUUUGGCAGUGUGUUGAGUGCAAUUGGGUCUGCUGAAGCCAUUUCACUCAGGCAUGGACAAAGAUGCCACUCUCACUUGUUGAAACUUGGAUUUAAUUCCAACCCAGUUGUUUCAGGCGCCCUCCUUGAUAUGUAUGCAAAGCGAGGCAGCCUAUACGAGUCCAAGAGGAUUUUUGAAGAAACCUAUCAAAGGACACAAUUUGCUUGGACAGCCAUAAUUUCAGCCCAUGCAAGACAUGGAGACUAUGACUCCGUCAUGCAAAUUUUCAAUGAGAUGGGGAACCAAGGUGUAAGACCUGAUUAUAUCACUUUCCUUUCAAUGUUGACAGCGUGUGGAAGAAAGGGCAUGGUUGAUAUGGGCCGUAGGAUAUGGGACUCGAUGAUCAAAGACAACGUGAUUGAACCAUCAGCAGAGCAUUAUGCUUGUAUGGUGGAUAUGCUGGGUCGUGCAGGAAGAUUAAAAGAGGCAGAGGACUUUAUUGAUCAAAUUCCUCAAGGACCAUCAUUUUCUGCCUUGCAGAGCUUGUUAGGGUCGUGCAGAACUCAUGGUGAUAUGGAAAUGGGCCGGAGGAUGGCAAAUAGGUUGAUUAAAAUGGAGCCUGAUGAAUCAGGUUCUUAUGUACUAAUGUCGAAUUUGUAUGCUGAAAAGGGGGACUGGGAGAAGGUUGCAACAAUGAGGAGGAAAAUGAGAGAUAGUAGAGUCAGAAAAGAAGUUGGAUUCAGCUGGGUUGAUGUAGGUAACACGAAUGGUUCAUUGAUCAUGCACGGAUUCUCUUCGGAUGAUACAUCUCAUCCAAGGUCCGAGGCGAUAUACCAAAUGGCAGGGGAGUUAGGACUAGAAAUAAAAUUUUUGGAGAGGGAGAGAUUAGAGAUCAAAGAAGGGCUUGUUUGAGCUCAACUGAAGCACAAAACAUUAAAUUUUUGAAGGAAGUUUAGACAUAUUAUAUCAAAGACUUUACAAAUGACAUGUUGUAGGACAUUAGCACAUGAGAAUUGAGAUUCACAUCAUAAUUCAUAGGUAAACAUAUCAUUCGGAUUAGUUUUUUUGCUGUCGAAAUGCAAGAUCAUUGAUUUAAUCAUUUGAGAUAGCUAAGAGACAUUUGUAAGGUACAGUUAAAAGAAAGUUUGAUUGAUAAUUAGAUAAAUAAGAGAGAAUAAAUUGUGUUAGGAA